AAUCACCUAGGACUCAGAUUCACGGUCGGGCCGUCGGGCUUAGCCCCUGAUGGCGGAUCGAUGUCGCCCUCUCCCGGCUCAAAGGUGGCAAGCCGUGCCAUCAAGGCCAGCUUGGAUGCCAUACUGGCGAGCAUGGAUGAAGACUCCGAGUAUGUGCAGCUCGUCGCGCACCACCGGAGGAAGUUCAAGGUCCCUUGGGAGGCCAGCGGUGGAAUGCCUGCAAGCUGGCAACUUCCGGUCGUUCUGGAGGAGAUGCACUCCUUUCUGGAGCAGCUGUGCCGGAGUUGCUUGUCCGUCCUCACCGCACAACAAGGCCGUGACCACAUGGCCAUGCAGCUGCGCAGGCUUCAGCAGGAUCUGAAGCGCGAGCGAGAAGACUUCAAAGCAAAGCUGGUCGAGUGCAACCUCACCGCGUUGAAGCAACUGGAUGUGGCAAAAGGGGGCUCUGGAAGCUGGGAAGACAAUGACAAGGUCAUUUUUUAUGAGCCCAUGAAGUACCUCAGCGAGGCCCACAGAGACCUGGUGCUGAUGGUCGUCAAGGAAAAGCUGCGGCAGCUCCUGGAGGGCACGGCGCCUGGCAGCUUCCUCUCGGAGCUGCAGCGCUCGCUGGGCCUGGACCCAGCGAGCCUGCGGCAGGAGUCUGGCCAGAAGGCUGAAGACGUGGAGGAGGAUGAUGAGGAGGAGGAGGAGAACCAUGCUUUGGAAGUUGCCCGCGCUGCAGCGCGGCGCGCACAAGAUCUACUGGCGGUCAGCUCGAAGGAGUUGGAGGAGACGAAGAAGUCUCUGGUGCAACUCCAAGUGCAGGUCGAGGAGAGAGGGGCGGCUCUGGCGGAGGCCCAGCAGCAGCUGGAGGCCGGGGAGCGGUACCGCCAGCAGCUGGUGCAGGCCAUGGACCGCCUCAAGGACCAGGGUCUGGAGCCUAUGGAGGCCACCUUCGUGCUCUCGGAAACCUUCGCUUCCCUGGACGGGACCUUCACCGAUUUCGAGUCUCUCUUCGAAAACGCCCCGGAGGACUGCACCUCAGAGAACGUGGCGCAGUGGCACCGGCAGCACGGGAUCCAGUCCUUGGUGUCCGUGGACAUCCAGCCGGAUGCGGUUCGGCGCCGCAGCAGCUUGCGGUGCAGGUAUCAAGACCCGCAGGAGGCCCAGGAAGCUCUGCAGCUGCUGCAAGACACGGUGGUCACCUCUGAGGGUGGCCAGUCGCAGGUCCAUGCCAAGCGCGCGGGCGAGGGGCUGGUGGCAAGGGUCAAGAGCAAGGCCAGGGGCAAAGUCGAGGAAGCCGAUGGCAAGGCGAAAACGGAGAGGGCCGAGAGCAAGGGCAUUGACAAAGUUAGAGAGGAGCUGCGCAAAGGUUCCCAAGCGGAUGGGCUGUGCGCUACAGGGGAUGGGUUCCGUGAGGGGAAGAGAGAGACUUCAAAGCCGCGACGGGCAGAUCUGCAGGCAGAGGUGGCACAAAAGAGCCAGCAGCUAGAGGAAACAACAGAGGAGAACAAGAAGCUGAAAGUGUGCUUGGAGGAGCUGCAGGCAAAGGUGCGACAGCUCAUGGGAAACUGCAAGGAGAGAGGCAUGGAGAAAGAGAUCGAUGAGAUUGCAACCAAUAUUGGCCUGAAGCGGGUUUUGUCAUGCCCCUCGCGCUUUGAUAUCCUGUACCAGGACGCCUUCCUGCGCAUGGAGCGGCUGGAGCGGCUGCGGGCGCAGUUCCAGGCAGAGAGGAGCGGGUCCAACCAGGAAGCGCCGGAGGCUUCGGUGCGGAGCCUCAUAGAGCACAGCCCCCUAGUCAUUCUGCAGCAGCUGCUCUCAGAGGGCCCGGCGGGCUUCGCUCUGCAGGGUGGCAGCCCCAAGCGCAGGCUGCUGCACUCCCAAUCCGAGCGCACAGCUGUGCCUGCCAGCUCUGCCAGCCCUGCCAGCCCCACUGGCCGCAGCCCUGGCGCGGCCACCAUCGCCCCCAGACCCUUCCCCCCCAGCGCGCACGCACCCAAAGCGCCGAGCCCCAAAGCACCGCACGCGCCCCGAAGCCCCGUGCUCCCCGGGCUCCGGCCGCGCCUGCACGUGUCCGCCUCUGCUCCAAGCCUGCCGUGCGCUCUGCCUCCGCUCUGGAAGAAGCGGCAGUAAGGUGCGGCAGGAAACCGAAGAAGCCGUUUUUCCCACCUGGGGCCAUGUGACUGGGCGCUUCGCCGAGGUCGGCAAGGGCUGUGCAAGGUCCCUGGCCCGAGGUGUUGAAGCACCGGCCUCCCAAGGAGGCCGGAGGCUUGUAUUGUAGGUUUAUUCGUUGCAGGUUCUCCCUCUGGUGCGUCAAACAACAAUCGUAUGGUCAGACA